AUGGCCUCAGGAGUUCGUGGUGUUAAUGAUCGACAACGUUUCCUCGAUAUUAACGAAGAACCUGAUAAACUAUUACCUCCAUUGCCGAUGCCUGUCACUGGAGGAAAAGGAAUACAAUCAUUACGUGAAUGUGUGAAACCCGUUCUUAAUUUGAACUUAGCCGAAGAUUUAUUAGAUAAAGUGGCAUAUUCAUUAGAAAAAUGUAAACAUCCGAAAGAUGGUCUUACACAAGAUCAGUCUGCUGCAUUAUAUCUGUAUUCACUUCAAACUUCAUUUUAUAAGAGAUUUAAUGGUGUAUUACGUGAUGAAGAUCGCACAAAAGCAAUACCAUUUUACGACUAUUAUAGGUUGUUUAUGUCUGCACUAAACAAAUUACCAUCAAUUCAAGAUAAUGUGUGGCGUGGUGUUACUGCCAAUCUGAGCGAUCAAUAUAGUCCAGGUAGUAUCCAUAUAUGGCAUGCUGCUAGUUCAUGUUCAGAUCAAGUACAUAUCACUGAUACGUUUCUCAACAAAAAGAAACAUCGAACAUUAUUCAAUAUUAAAUGUUAUAAUGGAAAGACAAUUAAAAAUCAUUCACAUUAUCCGAACGAAAGUGAGACUAUUUUACCACCUGGUACAUGUAUACGAGUUAAAUCACAAUCAAAUCCAGCUGAUAAAUUAUAUAUUGUUUCUUGUGAAGAAAUUAUACUCACUCCUGAAGAAAUGAAUAAUCUUUUAGCAACUGGAGCUAUUGCUGCUGCAUCGGCUGCAAUGCCUAUAACAACAUCGAUCUUGUAUUUGUUAUGGCUCGAUCCAAAUGUUAAUAAGUCAAAAGAAAAUGUAGCAAUACAAGAAAAGUUACGCGUUUUAUUCAAAGAUGAUUUUCAAACAUUUGACAAAGUCGAAGAAUGUGAAUUGUCUAUCAAUCAGAAGAAUAAUGAUCAUAUAAUUUUAAUUGUUAGUGGACAAUUCGGGCGAAAAAUUGUACCGGAAAUUCAUGAUUUGCCACAGUUAGAAUUGGUCAAUCCUCAUGAAAUUCAGUCAACUGUAAAGACACCUUUGAGUGGUUAUGAAAAGCAACCACUAAUGUCUCUAGAAGAAGCAUUGAAACCAGUGGAUCAUCUAAUAGAGGAACUGCCAAGACAUGUAGCUGAUGCUAAACGAUAUUGUACAUGGCCUAAAGAUGGAUUAACACAAGAUGAGUCGGCUUCUAUUAUGGUCUACGGUAUGGAAUUGGGAGAAACUUCUCUUUAUAGAAUAUUUAAUGUCGCACUACGUUCGGAAGACAGACAUAAAAUAAAACCAUGGUUUCCAUAUUUGAAAUUAUUCAUGACAGCACUGCAUAAAUUGCCAUCAUUUCAAGGAUUAGUUUGGCGUAGCAUGCAAGACGAUUUCAAUAAGGAAUAUACCAAAGGUCAAAGAGGUGUCUGGUGGAGCGUAUCAUUAACAACUUCUGAUGGAUCUCUAUUAGAAAAUUUUAUGCAUGGAUCUGGCAAGCGCACAGUAUUUACAAUUGAAUGUAAAAAUGGAAAAUCCAUCAGAAAUCAUUCUAAAUACCCUAAUGAAGAAGAAGUAUUAUUAAUGCCAGGAUUUUACUUUGAAGUUACGAGUGUAUUCAAACCAGCAGCUGACGUGCAUAUAAUUACCUUAAAAGAAAUUGAUUCACCAUGGUAA